AUGGACCACCCGCGAGCCUCGUCACGGGCGCCUGCCGCCGACGUCGACCGCCUGGCCGCCGAGCUGACGGAGCGCUUCCGUUCCGUCCUCAGCACCAAGCGCAUGAACGACCUCUCCACAUACUCGUCGCACUCGCGCUCUGCCUCGCCUGCCCCGCGAGACUUUGGCUCCCCGCAACCGCCCGCCGCCGCCGCCCCGCCGUCGUACGCAUCGCUCAAGAACAUCCCGCUCGUCGCCCAGGCCCCCAGCGACGCCCGCUCGCUGCGCUUCCGCAACAUGCUGCACUCGCUCUCCAACAUGCCCACGCGCUGGGAGAACCCCGGCCUGCUCGACGAGGCCCUGCGCGUCGUGCCCCUCGAGCAGAUCUACAACGAGGCCGACGAGGAGAGCCAGAUCCUGCAGGCCGAGGCCGACAGUCUCGGCGCUGGCAAGAAGGCCGCCUGGGGCUACCAGGACUGCGUCGUCCGAGCCCUGCUGCGCUGGUUCAAGCGCUCCUUCUUCCACUGGGUCAACAACCCCCCGUGCUCGCGCUGCUACUCGCCCACCGUCGCCGUCGGCCUCACCGCACCGCUUCCCGACGAGCACGCCCGCGGCGCCAACCAGGUCGAGGCCUACAAGUGCUCCCACGAUGGCUGCCAGAACUACGAGCGCUUCCCCCGCUACAACGACGCCUUCGUCCUACUGCAGACCCGCAAAGGCCGAUGUGGCGAGUGGGCCAACUGCUUCAGCAUGCUGUGCCGCGCCGUUGGAUCGCGCGUCCGCUGGGUCUGGAACGCAGAGGACCACGUCUGGACAGAGGUCUACUCGGUCCACCGCAAGCGAUGGGUCCACGUGGACGCCUGCGAAGAGGCCUGGGACAAGCCCCGGCUCUACACAGAUGGCUGGGGCAAGAAGCUCUCCUACUGCAUCGCCUUCUCUGCGGACGGCGCCAUGGACGUUACGCGACGCUACGUGCGCGACCAGAACAAGCACGCAGCGCCCCGCAACCGCGCUCCUGAGGCCGUCGUGCUCCACAUCAUGGAUGAGAUCCGUGCUGUGCGACGCAAGGACAUGUCCAAGCAAGACAAGUUCCGCCUGCAAGGUGAAGACCUGCGUGAAGCAAAGGAGCUUCGCGGCUACGUCAUCUCUUCCAUUGCGCACGACAUCAGCAGGCUCAGGCCCGAAGACAUCAUCAACGGAGCCGUCGCACCUCGACGCAACGACGCCGAUGCUGACAAGGCAUUGGAAGGCCGCAUGAGUGGAAACGCGCAAUGGAUCCGAGCAAGGAACGAGCAAGGACGAGGCCAGUCGAACCAGCAGGACCCUCGCAACCAGCACUCACGCUGA